UGCAGAGCCAGGCAGUGAAACAACCACUUGCUGACCAAAGAGCAAAGUCCUUGCACAGGGUGGUGCUCCUCAUCGGUCCAAGCAGGCAAGGGACGACUCCUUGGCUUGGUCAGCACCAGCCCGUCGCUUCUGGGAAGCUUCAUCACCUUCAGUGCCGCGGAGAAAAGAUGUGAACAAGUCCCAUGGAGCUCAAGUGCCUUUUGAUGUGGCUCUUGUUUGGAUCCAUCAAAGGGAAAAAGCCAGAAUGUCCAACUGUUCCAAGGAUCAACUUUACUGAUAUUACUGUUGAAACAUAUCCACUGGGGACAAGACUGUAUUAUGAAUGUCAUAGAGGCUACAUGAGAAGAAGUGGCCAGUACUUGGGAAUUCGGUGUGAGAGUACACAGCAGGGUGCUGAGUGGUCCUACAAGAAAUUUGAAUGCAUUGAUGAGAAAAUUUUGUUGUCAAUGGCUCCCAGCAUGGAGUUAAAUACUACACAGGAGCCAGAAAGAAAAACACAGAGCCCUGCAUCCCAGAAGCAGAAAAACCUGUCUGAGUCUGGCCAGAAAGGUUAUUGUGGUCUUCCCAAGACUAUGCCACACGCCUCUAUAAAGCUCAGUGAACAGUAUUACGUGGGGCAAGUGUUACGUUUCAAAUGCCAGAAUGGUUAUGACAAGCGGCCUCCCACCUCUGGCACCCGCACGUGUGAGGAGGUGCAUGGUGAGAUCAUCUGGACCUCCCUGGACAUGCGAUGCACCAAUAACAGCGAUGAGUGGCCACUGCAGGCCACUGAGCUAAGUUCAAGACAUCCAUCCUUUUCCUCAUCUGUGAUGCUGCCAGUGACAGCUCUUUUGCUCAUUCUGUGUAUUAUUCCUGCUGUCUUUUGGUGACUUACCAAGCAAGGAAUAUGAGUUGCCUGGGUCAUCAUUGGAUUUCUGAGAAUAUGAUUGGUGAAAAAUUGUCAAGAAUGAUCUACAUUUAACUGGCUCUGUGGUGGAACAAGUGAAGAAAUAGCUGAUACCAGAUGAAAUAGUAACUGAGAUGCUAAGUGGUGUCUUUGGCACAAAGUACUCUGUGGUUUCUCAUAGUAAAUAUAGAAGAAGCCACAGAAAACCUGCCUCUUCCCAGCUGUACUAAAGUCUUUGUCCUGCUCUAGAGAAGACCUCUCAGUUCAAAUCCAAACUCAUGAAACUGAUGACUUGCCACAGAUGAAACCAGACUGCACCAAUGACUUGAUGAUCAGCAGUGGCAAACAAGGAGAAAGCUUGGACACUCAAAUCCAACAUGUGAAGGAAGCAGGAAAUGUUACGGCAUAAUUCUUAUGGAGAUGGAGUGACUUUCCACCUACAGAGUAUGAAAGGAGGGAGUACAUCCCAUCAUUGACAGAUGGAGAAAGAGCUCUGCCUGAAACUGCUUCCCAAAUACACUUCUCCUCCUACCAUAUAGCAGAUGUAUUGCUAAUAUAACUGCAGCCUCUCCCCAGUGACCAUGUGUACAUAUGGACCACUCGCCCAGGCAUGUUAGAUGAUGGCACCGUCGUCACAGCCCACACACCACCUUCCCCACAAAGACUGAUGCUGGACACCUCAUGUCCUCCCACACCUGUCCCUUCCUUACCCAGACAGGUCACACUUUUCAUCUCCUCACACUGCUCCUCUUGAAAAAGGAAAUUAAACCUGCUUGCCCUCUUGUACAUCAGCUGAAAAUCUUACUGGACUCCCUCAUGGUUCUGUAUAAACAUGCAUUUUUCAUUGCCCUCCUCUUCCCAAUUAUUUUGGACUAGCCCCCUCCACAACAGUUACUAUGUUAUCCCUUGAGCUCAGAAAAAGAUGCUUUAGAUUGUGGCAGCUGAUUAAUUUGACAGCUUCUUUCAUAGCUGCAGAGCUCUGUGCAGUUUUGUGCUCCCCAGCUCAAGAAGAUCAGGGAACUGCUGGAGAGAAUCCAGUGCAGAGCCACCAAGAUGAUCAGGGGACUGGAGCAUCUUCCUUAUGAGGAAAGGCUGCAGGACUUGGGACUGUUCAGCUUGCAGAAGAGGAGACUGAAGGGGGAUCUCAUUAAUACUUACAAGUAUUUAAAAGGUGUAUGUCAAGGGGAUGGGGGCAACACUUCUUAUCUGUAGUGUCCAAUGACAGGACAAGGGGUGAUGGGAUGAAGCUGGAACACUAAAAGUUCCAUUUAAACAUCAGAAAAAACGAUUUCAGUGUUUCAGUGAGGGAGCCCUGGCCCAGGCUGCCCAAGGAGGGUGUGGAGGCUCCUUCCUUGGAGGUCUUCAAGACCCGCCUGGUCAUGUUCCUGUGUGACCUGAU